CACCACAGCGCGCAUCAGCACCUUUGUGAAACAAAGAGGGCUGCAAUGACGUGGGAGAGAGUGAUCCAUCGAGAGAGCAUUUUCUGAAGGCAUGAUUUUAAUUGCUAGGCCGAACUUGAUCAUUGUAUAUAAACCCUUCGGCCUCUAAGACAUUUCGACAAGAAGCACAUUGCAACUCAAAUUGUCUUUUGUUGCUAUCCUUCUCAUCUCUAUCGAUCUGACAUCAUGGAUGGGAAGAAAUUAGAGUACAGGGGUGAGGAGGCAUUAAAGGAUAUUGAGAGACUCACGACGAAGGCGGAUGAAGUUCAAAAGAACAUCUUGAAAGAGAUCUUAACUCGAAAUAGGGAAACCGAGUAUCUCGCUAAGUAUAUGAAAGGAUCAAAAGAUAUAUUAGAGUUCAAGCGUAGCGUCCCGAUCAUUACUUACAUGGGUAUUCGCCCAUAUAUCCAAAGAAUUGCUAAUGGUGAAGACUCCUCUCUCAUUACUGGACACCCUAUAACUGAGAUGCUAUGCAGUUCCGGGACUUCAGCUGGAGAACCCAAGAUGAUGCCCUCAAUCGCAGAAGAUCUUAACCGGCGAACAUUUUUAUAUAAUCUAAUCAUGCCCAUCAUGAAUCAGUGUGUCCCUGGUCUUGACGAGGGCAAGGCCAUGUAUCUCUACUUUAUCAAGGCAGAAACGUCAACUCCUUGUGGUUUACCAGCACGGGCUGUGCUCACCAGCUACUACAAGAGCAAGCACUUCAAGGGCCGAGCACGCGACUCUUUCAACGAUUACACGAGCCCAGACCAAGCCAUCCUGUGCAACGACAGCAACCAAAGCAUGUAUUGCCAACUGCUAGCGGGUCUAAUCCACCGCCACCAAGUCCUAAGGCUAGGGGCCGUUUUUGCCUCGGCGUUUCUCCGAGCCAUCUCAUUCCUUGAACGCAACUGGGUUCGUCUCUGUAAUGACAUCCGCACUGGACAACUAGAUCCCGCCAUCACAGACCCUAAUUGCCUUUCAUGUAUGUCGAGCAUGCUUUCAACACCAAACCCACAUCUUGCGGACGAGAUAGAGCGCAUUUGCAGCCGCUCAUCGUGGAAGGGAGUUUUGUCCCACCUUUGGCCUAGAGCUAAAUACAUCGAGGCAGUUGUGACUGGCUCUAUGGCACAAUACAUACCAUCCUUAGGGUAUUACAGCGACUGGAAAUUGCCGUUGGUGUCCACCAUGUAUGCUUCGUCAGAAUGUUACUUUGGGGUCAACUUGAAGCCCUUGUGUGACCCUGCUGACGUGGCAUUUACCCUCAUGCCAAACAUGGGUUAUUUUGAAUUUAUACCUUUGGGAGAGAAUGGGACGAUGUUAAUGACCGUAGGGGAAGAAGAGGAGGUGCCUAAUGAUAAGGUUCUCGACCUGGUGCAGGUUAGGCUUGGCUGUUACUAUGAAUUGGUGGUCACUACCUUUGCAGGACUAUAUCGUUAUCGUAUUGGUGACGUGCUCCAAGUGACGGGAUUCCACAAUCGAGCCCCACAAUUCCGAUUCAUUUGUCGGAGAAAUGUCCUUCUCAGCAUCGACAACGACAAAACCAACGAAGAAGAUUUGCACAAGAGCAUCACUGUGGCGAAGAAAUUGCUAGAACCAUACAAUGCCCUACUCGUGGAGUACACUAGCUAUGCGGAUACAUCAACUUUUCCUGGACAUUAUGUAUUGUAUUGGGAAAUAAUUCAACUCGUUCAAGGAUCAAAGCCAGAUGAUGAUCAUGACGGCCAGCUGGCCGCGGCUACUCAUGCAGUACUACUACUUGAUCAUCACGACGAGGUGCUCCAAGAAUGUUGCAUUGCUGUGGAAGAAGAGCUUGAUUACAUAUACCGAAGAUGCCGUGCAUACGAUAAGUGUGUAGGGCCCCUUGAGAUUCGAGUGGUGGCGCCGGGAACUUUUGAGAAAUUGAUGGACUUGUUCAUCGACCAAGGGGGCUCGAUCAACCAAUAUAAAACACCUAGGUGCAUCAAAUCUCAAGCAGCUCUUAAAUUGCUUAAUUCUCAUGUCAAGGCAUCUUUCUUUAGUCCUCGGGAUCCAAAGUGGUUUCCUUGAUUAAAAUGUCAUACCAAACAAGACUUGUAUAACCUUGUUGGUAAUGAUCAUGAUCGAUCUACGCUCCAUUAAUUAUGUA